UAAUACAAAUCGAUUCUGAAUUAUUUAAGAGUUCUUUGAUUAAGUUGCAAAAAAGCGUAUAAGAAUUUUGUCAAUUUUGUCAAUUCAGAAUCUCAUCGUGACCAUCAUGGUGCAUUUGACCGCGAAGAUAUUUGGUUUAGUGAUCUCUGCGAUUAAAAAUCUUCGCGAGCUCAAAGGAUCUACGUCACGAGAAAUUCUUUACUACAUUUCAUCGGUUUACAAGAUCCCGUAUACUGUGGCACGACGUCAGAUACAGAAUGUUUUAAAGCGCGGAGUCACUUGCGGCAUCCUAAGGAAGACAGACGGUCACUACAGCCUGCCGACUGAUAAUGAAGUUGCACGGCAGGAGGUGGCUGUUCAGGAGAUCGGCCUGCUGGAUUUGUACUGCCAGCGGAAGGUUCAUCGAUCGAGGGGUGGCAGGUCACGUCGUAAUAGAGGUGCUAGGCGCAGUUGAAGGGUCACCUGCAGGUGCAAUAGCAGAGGCGCGCAACAAAGGUCUCGAGGAUGCGGGUCAAGGUCUUGCAGAAGAAGAAGAAAGGGAAGAUGCGGUGGCUUUGGACCGUGUACACGACGGGACGACGGGGCCUAGAAUCGAACCUAUUCUGAACGCUAACAAAUUGACUGACAGGUCGACUGGAUUGAACCGAACUACGUUAGAAGUGAUUGGCAGCAUUGAGGGAAUCAAUCGCUCAAACAUACCUUCCGAACAAUGGAAUCGCAGCAUACCAUUAUCAUGUUAAUCGUGCUCUCUAAAUCGGUGUAUUAUUCAUUCAAAUGAAUAGAUUUGAUUUCAGUGCUAUACUUAUAAUUAUAUCAGCGAUACAUGUAUUGAUUUCUCACAAUGAUAGUACACUAAUUUCGAUUUCAAGAGAAUACCGCCUCUCUUAAUCGAAAUCACUGAAAGUAAAUAGUCACUGAUAAUCACAGUUAUAAAUAUAGCAUUGAAAAUCGAUAAGAUUUCACUAAUGUAAAUUUAUAGAGUGGAAAUAUUAGUGGUAUCGUCCCUUGGAAUUCCCAAAUUUUGUAACACGAUUUUAUUUUUAUAGACAACAAACUUGAAUCGUUUUGAGAAAUAUAUGUUUCGCGAAUGUUUGUUUCUAUUCCCAUUUGAAUCUUUUCUGCAAGUCUUUCCAUGCGUACUAAUUGUUUUA